AAUAUAAAUUGUAGGCUAAAAUGAAAGGUGAUGUGGCUAUUCGAUGUGCACAAUGUGCUGUAGGGGCAUUGCACAGUUGGUUGCAGUGGAGUACACUUCCCCCUCCCUAGCGACGGCCACGGCCUCCCCGGGCAGGAAAAGAGAUUAGCAGAACAUUAACCUCUUUCAAUCGUGUGAGACGUACGUGGCGAGCGCGCGUCAUCACAGUGCCGACGUCCUAACCUCUUCUCGCACGUGUGGGAUGGGCAAGUCCAGGAAGACUCGAAAAAAGCUCCGGGCCCAAGAUGAUUUUACGUCUGCUGGAAGCGAUGGCGACAUGGAUCCCGGCGGUGCCCUCGUUGACAUGGGCCCACCCUCUAAAGUCAUCGGAUACGAGGAUUUCCAAACUCCACUCCCGCUGGUGCCCGAGGGAGAUCGGCGUCGACCUGUCGGCCCGGGUUCCGGGAAUCUCUCCCGGGCCUCCUCUGAUCUCAUCGACAGCGGCUCCUCAUCUGAAGACGACGACAGGGACCUCCGGCGAAAAUCGCCCCCGCCUCCACCAGAAGUUCAGGUGCUGUCCUACUCAGCCACAGACCCCGGGCCGUUCGUCGUGGUAGUCAGCUGCGAGGAACGGAACAUCUCCGGUCUCUACCCCCUGGCCGUGGGCCGUCGCUUCUCUUUUCACCAUGUUCACCCUUCUGAUGUGUGCAAGUCUGGCCGCGGCCGGGUCAAUGUCAUCCUGCCCUCCGCCGCCGAAGCCAACAAGCUCUUGGCUCUUGCCCCCCAGCUGGGGCGUGACGACGGCUGGUCCCUCUCCUUGCCCCAGUCGCAACAGCCUGUCUCGUAUGGUGUCAUCAGGCGUCUCCCUCCAUCCAUCGAGCUUGCGGACAUUGUCGUCGGUGCGGAGGCGUCGAACGGAGUGCGCGUCUCUGAAGCCGUCCAGCUGCGUCGGCGCGCCUCGGAUUCUUCUGGUGCUCCAGUUUGGGUUCCAUGUAACUCCUGGAAAGUCAAGUUCAACUCCCGGGACCGCCCGGACAAGCUUCGUCUGUAUGGGUGUGUCAUCCCCGUGGAGCCCUACGUCUUUUCUGUUACUCAGUGCGACCAAUGUUUUAUGUUCGGCCACCCCAAGAAAUACUGCAAGGGCCGGCCUCGGUGUGGACAGUGCGGGGAUUUUGCACACGACGAGGGCGCCACGUGCCCAGCCAAGACCCCUUCCUGCCGCAACUGCAAAGGGCCCCAGCUCUCCUGGGACCCCACCUGCCCUCGUCGUCAGGAAGAGCGAGACAUCAAGACCGUCAUGGCAGCUGACAACAUCUCCUAUGCCGCCGCGGUGCAGCGGUCUCUGGUGCAGUCUCCUGCGCCCCUCAAGGCGGGUCCUUCCCUCCAAGCUCCACCCUCUGGCGGCCCUGGCGCCCCUGGCGCGGGCGUGCCUCCCCCCCGCCCUCCAGCCGGGGGGUGGCCUCCACUUGCGCCGAGUGCUACCCCCGCCCUGGAUGAGAAGACUGUCCUGGACCUCAUUGUACGCCUGCUGGCACAACUGCUGGAACGACUGUCUCCGCUUCUUCCCAGCACGUCCUCCACUACUGCCUCGCUCUCCGCCGUGCUGGCGGAGGCCGCCGGCGCAGUGCUCCGCGGGGCACCAACUGGUGAGUCACUCACGAACGCCCAGGGGUAG